CGCAUCUCUCCAGUGUAAGACGUGAGUGGUAAAUAUUGACGAAGUGGAUGGAUGUCCAAUAGAUGUAUGAAUAUCUCGCUCGAACAGCUCUGCGAACAAUUGGAUUAAAUAAAAGAUCUUAUGCUGAUCGAGUUAACUUCAUAAGAGUGUAUAUUUGAUGUUCUUACACAAAGGGAUAUUUUCUUUAAGAGAUGGCUAUUAACACGGACGCCCCUCACGCGACAGAUGCCCUGCGCGAGAGAGCCGCGCUGCAGUCCACCGAUUUUGGAGAUCGGCCUACUCAGAAACUUCUUGACAUCUCAGACAAAGAGCUGAAAAGAGAAUUCAACCACUCGCCUUCUGAUACACACCUCGUGAAGUGUCUCGAAGCGGAACAGAAUGAACAGACUAUGGAUAACGUUGCCUCGGAGCCCCACUCUCCGUCGCGGGUCAGUUUCAGCCGCUCGUCGUCGCCCACGGCCGGAGAACGCGAGCCCUGCAGCUUCAUGUGGGUGGCCGUGAUCUCCUGCUUCUGCCCGGCCGUUCCGAUAAACCUGUUUGCGCUUUAUUUCGCUAAUAUGUCUCGGUCCAUGAUACAAGCAAAAGAUUAUGAUGGGGGCAGAAGACUUGGGCGUCUAGCUUUGUUGCUUAGUAUCGUUUCCAUUGUUGUGGGUCUGGCUAUAGUCCUUUAUCUGUUGAUGACAGAGUAUAAUUAGUUGGAUAUCCUAGAAAAUUGUGAGCAUUGAUGUAAACGGGUAAUGAGCUGAAACCAAAGAAGAUGGAUGAUGAAUGCCAUGUGAAAACCUUCAAAAAAAACAAAACAAAAAAAAAGCUAGAAUAUCAGUUUAUAUCAUGCACAAUGUUAAAUUAGUUUCAUUCAUUCAUUUUUUUUUGAAUAAUUGUUUCUAAACCAUCUUGAUGCUUUCCUUC